AUGUCUUCACGCCGCAUCUUCCCGCUCUCCGGCCCCAAGAGCUCGGUUCCCUCUCGUCCAUCGGGUCCGCCGCCCCCGUCGGAUAAGGAUUUCAGUAUUGAAAGCAUACUGCAGGCCAUCGAGCCUGAUAUACAGGGAACCUUGGAUUCGAUCGCCGAGAUUUGUGGACGGAGCAAGCUAAGUCUCGCCAAUGAAUAUGGCAGUCAUAUAGCGCCACUGGGAGAGAUUCGCGCUCCAGCAGGCAACCUCGUUCCUGUCGAAGAAGCCAGCUCAACCGACGAACGGCGCGCCGAUGACGGCUUGAUCAUCUUCGACGAUGAUCCUGGAUUGAUGGAAGGUGGCCGUGAUAUUCAUCCGUUUCCCUUCUAUCGGUACCUUGAGAAUCUCCGGCAAGCCGCGUCGUUGCUCGAACGCAACGGUGCAGCCGUUGCAGGUCCAUCAGCGCAGCCAAAUGCCUCCACUACCGCUGCCGUGGCGACUGAUGUGAAUGCUCCGGACUUGAAUGUCACUCCACUGCUCAAUUCUCGAGAGUUUGCAUCGAGGCCAACGAACACGGUACGAGAUCUUCUGGCGAAGAACAGUACCUCUAGCCAAGGUGACCACUCUUCUCCAAGUAUUGUCACCCCGGCUGUUGUUUCUGAGGUUCAUCUUGAUGCACAGGCAGGCGAAAGAAACGCAGAAUCUGAUCUAUCUGUUCUGUUCGUGGAUCAGCUCAGUCCUGAUGAUCGCAUGCCAGUCGUCGUUCGCUCUCUUCUUAGCUGGCUGAGAUGGACUACACGAAUUGUAGGUCCAGAGUCCCGCCCCGCGUUGCAGUCAGCUGAAGGUCGACUACGAGCCAUGCUGGAACGACCUGCCGAGGACCAUUUGUCUUCGCAAGCUAGUUAA